UCAAAGCAAAUGGCGGAAAAGAAAACGGAGGAGAAAUCUUGUUUUUCUCCGCGGUUUGUGGCGUAAAUUCACCCCGUCCGAAUGCUGAACGAGAUCGUUUUGGUCGGCGGUUUGAUUUUUGUCUUUACGUUGCUGUACUUAUCGUUUCUUUUGCCUUCUAAGAUGAUCGGGAACGACGAAGACGACAAGGAGAACUCCACCAAAACAGGGGGGAGGGGUGGAGAUAGGGACCCCGUUCUGAGGGAACUGUCGCUCACGAACGGACAGAUCAAUCGGAUGAACAAGGAAGAAGUGCGGCAGAAACUAGAAGAGCUACACUUGGAGACGAGAGGCGUGAAGGAGGUCUUGAAGAAACGGCUGAAGUCUUACUACAAGAAGGAGAAGUUGUCCCCGAAUUCCACCCCCGAACGCUACGAUUUUCUCCUUGUCAUAGACUUCGAGGCCACCUGUAUGGAGGAGAACCCUCCCGACUUCCAACACGAGAUAAUCGAGUUCCCGAUCCUUCUGGUCAACACGGAGACUCUGAUAGUCGAGGACCAGUUCCACUCCUACUGCAAACCCACCAUCAACCCCAAACUCACCCCCUUCUGCACAAAACUGACAGGGAUCACCCAGAAAAUGGUGGACAAGGCUCCUGAGUUCCCCCAGGUUUUGGAAGACGUUCUGGACUGGAUGUCUAGUAAGGGAUACGGCAUGGGGCACUCUAGGUUUGCGGUUGCGACGGACGGGCCGUGGGACAUGUGCAGGUUCCUGUACCAGCAGUGCCUGUACUGCGGUAUCCCGUACCCCCGGCCGUUCCGCAAGUGGAUCAACGUGAAGAAGCAUUUCGCCAACUUCUACCAGACGAAAGGUGGCACCAAGCUGGAAGAGAUGUUAGCCAGCCUGGGGCUGAAGUUCGAGGGGAAGCCGCACAGCGGACGGGACGACGCGGUCAACAUCGCGCGCAUCGCUGGUCGGCUGAUCCAGGACGGCUGUGAGCUGCGCGUGAACGAGUGUCUGAACAAUGGCAGGGUGGAGCCUGUCGUUUCCCAACGGGCAAAGCUGGCGUCCAGUAACUAGGAUACUCACAUGAUGAGGCCAUGCUGUUUUAAUUUAUGGAUAAUUCUUACAGCUGUACAUACCAGUACACUGUAUCGUAGGGCUCUCUACCAGUACAUGGUACCGAUACUGUACUGGACAAAUUGAUUACAUUAAUUAAGUUCAAAAGUAUUUGUUUAAUUUUUCAGGAACAUGUCCGGACUUGUAACUAAAUGAUCUAUGUACUAGUACCUGUACCUGUACCUGAACUGUUUAAUUUUUCAGGAACAUGUCCUGACCUGUACCUAAAUCUGUGUACCUGUACCUAAACUGUUUUCAAGAACAUGUCCGGACCUGUAUCUAAAUCUAUGUACCUGUACGUACCUAAACUUUAGUAUAAUAUACUGGGUACACAGCUGAGCUCUAAUAAUAAUUUUCGCAAAUACUAAUACUUGAUAAGCAGAAAUCUGCUUGAAGGCUGCUCUUACAUUUGGCUAGCCAAAUCAGCGCUGUAUAUCUUUUGUUAUAAUGGCCCAUUCCUGUCUAUUGCUUGACCCCUAGACCACUACUGUCCAUUGGGCUCCAUCUUGACUUUGGUCAAUGGCAAAAAGCAUGUAUUGGCUCUGUAAAUUUCCCUCUCAGGAAAAUGAAAGUCUAACUUGUUUUAACAUUCAACACAUUGAAAUAGUCGUUUGGCUAACAAUAUUUUUUUGGGGUUAUGGGGUAAGGCUGCAGAGAGAAGCCAAGUAAAAUAAAUAAAUAAUAAGUAAAAUUAAGUACUGCACUGUAUAUCCAAUUAAUUUUUACACCCCUGUGACAAAGUUGUUAGUUGCUCUGACUGA